AUGAGGCAGAAAGCCACCGAUCCGAAUCAGCCAAUCCGAUCGCCGUACCAUGGAGGCAGCGGCAGCAACGGCGCCAGGCCACCACCGCCGUUUCACAACACCCUGACAGGCAGCGUGUCUUUCCAAGAAGCUUCUUUUCACGAAGCUGCCGCUUUCCAGGCAGCUGCUUUCCAGGAAGCUGCCGCCUUCCGUGCAGCAGCUUUCCGGGCAGCUGCGUUCCAAGGAGCUGCUUUCCAAGCAGCGCCUCCCCCGGUAGCGCCGCCCCGAGUAAUUCCGGCCCAAGCAGUGCCGCCCCAAGCAGUGCCGCCCCUAGCAGCGCCUACCCAAGCAGCCCCUCUCCGAGCAGCGCCUCCCCUAACAGUGGCUUCCUCAAGCUUCCGCCCGUCAAUGGCGGCGGUGUCGCCACGUGGCAGUGCGUGGAACAGCUCCUCGAUCCCACCAGAGCAGUUCAUUCGCUGGAGCAAUCAGGAGGACCGCAUACUGCUACAGCACGUGAUGCGCCACGGAGGACCGCAUACUGCUACAGCACGUGAUGCGCCACGGCACGCGCAACUGGGGCCUGCUGCUUUUGCGCGCCCCCUAUCACUCACUAAUCUACCACCAUCAACCAUUGUCACCCAUUCUCACCCAUCAUCAUUCCCUCAGGAGGACCGCAUACUGCUACAGCACGUGAUGCGCCACGGCACGCGCAAUUGGGGCCUGCUGCAGCGGAGCCGCGAGCUGCCUCUCCGGGACAACAAGGCCUGCUGCAACCGCUUCAUCCUCCUUAAGAAGUGCGGCGCUACUGUUUGCAACGACGCUAGGGCUUCUGUAGGGUCGAAACGCGUCUCCAACGCUGCUGCUUCCUCCUCUGCACCGAAACGAAGCCCUUCCUCUGCGUCCCUUGCUGCUGCUGACGCCUCUGCUGCUGCUGCUGCUGCUACUACUUCUGCUGCUGCGGCUGCUGACGCAGCUAUCCUCUCAGAGAGAGUGCAGAGUCUACAGAAGAAAGAGGAGCAACAGGAGAAGGAAGAGGAGGAGGAGAAACCGGACCUGCAGGUUCGGUCUGCUACCUCCCCGAAUCAGAAACCGGACCUGGUUCCUUCCUCCCACCUCUCUGCUUCGGCUCCUCCCAGCCCUGCUGCCGGACCUGUUGUACCUGCUGCUUCCGAGCCAGUUCUUCCCAGGUCGGUUGCUUCCGAGCCUGCUUCUCCAAUCCUGCCCCGGGCGUAUUCUGUUGGAGGUGCCACGUCAGUCUUGGUCUCGGGCCAAUCAUUGCUGGACAAAUCCCUUAUUGAGAAGAAGGUUCUGGAGCAGCAACCUGAGCCGUUGAUCGAUACUAGCCCGCUAAAUCAGUCGAUCUUGAGCGUCCAAUUGGCGGAGCUAUUCCAUUUGGAUCUAGCAGCAGCUGCUACAGGCGGUGAGGCUACAGCGUAUAAUACCGCUACAAAUACUACAGAUGCUACAGAAGCUGCUGCUGCUGCUGCUGCUGCUGCUGCUGCUGCUGCUGCUGCUACGGAUGGCGCUACAGCUGGUGCUGCUACAGCUGGUGCGUGUGAAGGCAGCGGCGUGGGGAUGGUGGUGGAUAGGAAGAGGAAAGAAGCGCCUACAGAUAUGGGUCAGCCUGGCGAAAGCGUCGUCAAGAGACUCGUGCGCGAUGGGGAUGGGAGAGGAGGAGAGGGAGGAGGUAGAGGUGAGGGAGGUGAGGUGGGGGGAAGUAGGGACGGGGUGACAGGUGCGCUGCUGAGUACCUGGAACGAGCUUGGAGCAUGUGAGGAGGGGCGAGGAGGAGAAGGGAAGGGUAAUAGUGCUAUCGAGUGCGCUAAUAAGGGGUUUAGUGUGGGUAAGGAGGAUGGGACGGGAGGUGGUGUCACUGGUGUGACUAAAGCGAAUGGAGAGGGAAGUGGUGGUGGAGUGACAGAACGGAAUGAGGAGGAUGGUGGCAGUGGAGGGGUGACUAAUACGAAUGGCGAGGGCGGUAGUGGUGGAGGUGUGACUAUAGGCGAUAUGUUUAAGACUUUGCUGCAUGCGAAUGCACAGCAUGUGGCUGCUGCCAUUCUGGAUUGGAAGGAUCGGGUGUGUGGUUCGGAUGACAGGCAUGUGCCGAACCUGGCUGCUGCAGUGAAGCUGAGGGAUGUGGGGCCGCAAUGGCAGCAGACCCGCGGCCCUUUCUACCCUCUCUCCCGCCCCUCCUCCUCCUUCCGCGCCCCACCUCCUCUCCUCCCCUCCCUCCCCCUCACCUCCUCUCAUCCCUCAUCCAAUCACACUCCGCAGAAUCAAACUCUGCAUAAUCACACUCCGUAUAGUCAUGCUUUGUUCAGUCACUUUCCUCCUAUUGGCUCUCCUAAACCUAGCUCGCCCGCCAUUGGCUCGCCAGCCGUCGGCUCCUGCGGGCCCCCUCCCAUCUCCUCACCCUCCGCCGCUGCUGCCACGUCAGCAUCUCAAUCCGCCGCCGCCACGUCAGCAUCUCAAUCCGCCGCUGCCACGUCAGCACCCGUAUCCACAGCUGCUGCUGCAAGAGACACGCAAGAAGCUGACGAGUUGUAUAUUGAGGAGGAGGGCAGAGAGAGGGGUGCGAGACGGGAAGAGCAGGUGAAGGGGGGUGGAGAGAAGGGCACAGCAGAUGGGGGUGUGAGUGUGGGGCAGCCACAGGAGCAGGGAGAAUUCGAGGUGGGGAAGCAUGGGCCAGCCAGGGAUGGCGGGAGGGGACAAGUCAGGGACCCAGACGAAGGGGUGAUGGUGGGAGUGGUGGGGGGAAUGGUGGGGGGUCAUCACACGUCCCCCCUUCCGCCGUCUGCUUUGCUCGGUGUGUCAGAGGAUGACGUCAUUAGCCUGCUGGUUGCUGACUGGGCGGCGGAAGACGCUGACCUGGCAAUGCGUGCUGAGCUGGCAGCAGCUGACGUGGAACCACCAUUACCACUGCCACCAGCCAGUCACGGUGGAGUGAGGGGGAUGCAGCCACAGGAGAGUGGCAGGAUGGCACAAAGUGGUUACCACCAACAUGCCACGUCACACCUUGGGAGGGAUUCUAGAAACUUCCGUGGUGCAGGAGCAGCAGGGGGCCUGGGGGAGACAGAAGAGCAGAUGACUAACCUGGUAGAGGGAUCGAUGCUAUGGGGGAUGACAGGUCAGCUUGCUGACACCAUGCCAGGUCAGCAUCCUGACAUGAUGCCAGCUCAGCUUGCUGACACAGCGCCAGCCCAGCACGUGAAUGAGGCUUAUCAGGAGGGGGGCGGAUAUGGAAUGAUGAUGCAGCAGCAAGCAGGGGAAGGGGGUGAGGGCGAGAGGGAGGGGGGGAGAGACCAGUGGCCUGACUGGGUACUUAGACACAUGUCCUCGUGA